UGUUCGCAGACACGGGUAUACGCGUCUCUGUUUCCUUGGUGUUGUGCAGCCAGCAUGGAAGGGGCCAGAGGCCGAAGGAGAAGGAGAAGAACCAGUCGUGAACCAGAACCGACGGUCCUCAGAAUCUCCCAGUCACCUCUUCGAGUCUGUACGGGGACCAGCGCGUGGAUUUGUCCCGAUCGUGGAUACGCACACCUCGAUAUUUUCCCGCUUCUUGGCGCGUAACAACGAUCGUGCCGAUCGAUUCGAUCAUCUAUCCACGAUGACGGCGUGGAUACACGAUGCGGGCAGGAUGGAUUGACACGCAACGAGAAUGGUGAGGAUGCCAGACUGCGAGGAACAGUGGUGAAGCGGAUAACAUCGGGGAAGAGUUGGUGGAAGAAAAAUGGCUUUGACCGUCGUACCCUCGGCCCGCGUUUUCAAUGGAAACGUGGGGACGCAGGCCUACGUUUCCGGUUCAACAGGCUCGAAGUGCCUUUGCUGCCCUUACGGGUACCACAUCGACCUGGACUUCGUGCGAUACUGCGAGGCGGUUGCAGCGGGAAGUGCCGGGGACAGGUCCAGCAUCGAGAGGCGCAAGAAAAGGGAACGUCGAAGGCAAUGCCAGUCGAUGGAGGUUCUUCUUGGCCUGGUGAGUCCAGCCCUCGUUGGAAUAGAGGCCGAACUGCCGAAAAUACCGCAGGAACCUGGGCCCGCGAAUGGCGUGACGUCCUCUUCGACGAUAGGCCACGAUAGGCGAGGAUACACGCAAACGCAGGAAUCACCGGCCCUCGACCUCAGCGACGUCGUGGGCGACUUCGAGGCAACCCUGAAACGAUCCACCAGACCGAGCAAAACUUUCGAUAAGCAGGAACGCACGGAGAACGAUGGAACGAACACGGCAACACCGGUGCAAAACAAUGGCCAGACCGAACACGCGGCUGGUGAUUUUGAUAACGCGAGUGUCGGAAGCGGAAACUCGAAUCUCAGCACUGGCGCGCUACAGAACAUCAGAGAGCAAAUGGCUGCGUCGUUGGAACGGAUGAGGGAGCUGGAGGAACAGGUCAAGGCAAUUCCCAUGUUGCAGGUGCAAGUGUCGGUGCUGAAAGAGGAGAAGCGUAAUCUGCUGCGGCAAGUGGACGAGCUGAGCAAGGCGAGUCAAUGGAACGAGAGCGGGCUGCAUAGGUACCGUAGCCAGUCGUUCUCGGAACAGCGUGGCUCCCAGCGAAAUCUGAGGAACGCGGGUACACCGACGCGGGACAUGGGAACGAUGUGCGGCGCGAUGACACGGGACGUCGGUGUUUCGCACCAGCAGGUUCGAACACGAGAUAUCGGCAUGAUAACGAGCACCCCGAUAAAACGACCAUUGGAACGGAGUCAAUUGCAAAUCGAAGAAAUAGUACCUGAAAUGAAAGAGCGGAGCGCGUUGUUGGACGAUCGGACGUCGUCUAGCUUCGAUAAACUCUACUCGAGCGAUUCCCGCGACACUUGGAGAUCGAGCUUAACACGUAGCCAAUUGAUGUACGAGGAAAUAAUACCGGAAGCGAGGACGAUGAGAAAUCGUUUGAAGAGAAGUCCGCUUCAAAUGGAAUCGAUACCACCGACCGGCCCGAAGCUGGCCGUAGAAGCGAGGAAAUUUCGCGAUGUUGGUGUUAAUACGAGGAACAAGCUGAAACAUCUGGUGCACAGCCGAUUCGUGAUCGAGGAUAUUGCGCCGGAAAUAAAGAGAGAAGUUAAGAAAAGAUCGUGUGGAACAACGACCGGGUUGAACAUGAAAGACAUCUUGACGAAGGAAGACGUGGCUGUUAUAGUCGAUGACGCUCUCAGAAUUUAUAAGAGUACCCUCAUCAAAGAUACGAUUUCCAGGGGUUGUCAAUGCACGUUGGACCAGGCGAAGAUGAUCGAGAAGAAGGACGAGUCCGUUCAAGUUGCGGAACCGUUCAAAAUGAGGACGAACGUGGGUGUUACGGUGAAGCCAAGGAUGUCUGAAAUUGGAAUCGAGGUCAGAACUGGCCCCGGAACGAGAACAAUCGCCGUUGGUCCCGAUCCGUUCACAGUUCAGUCGUUGUCCUUACAUUCGUUGAACUCGAGGAGUCAUUCGUUUAAUUAUGGUGACACGAAAGUGAAAAGAAAAGCCACCAAGUCUGUUAGCGUGAUGGUGGACGAUUUAGUGAGGACGACGGUGAAGAGUACCGACACUUCCGGUUUAGCGCCUAAACGGGAAUUUGGUACGUCGCCGAUAAAAAAAUUCACCGACGUCUCGGUUGGCGAGUCGAUCAAACCGCAUAUUUCCAUCUCGUGCGCCGCCAACUAUUGCGAUAACUGUAAAGAGACCAUAAAAAGUCUGGCAAAACAGUUCGUCAAUAACGCGGAGAAUAAUAUGAAUCAUCAGAACACGAAUCUCGUCUCGAGGAUACCUAGACCGUCCCACAUACCGUUGAACAACACGAUUGAUUAUAGAAGACAAUUCAAACGACAGGAUACGUACACGAAGAUACCGGCCGCGGGUGUAAUCAGAUACGAUUCCGAUAACAAGGAACAAUAUGACAACAAUAAUCGUAUCCAGCAGUUGCAAGGGGAAAAAGGAAAAGAUGAAAAGUCAGAGGAAAUAUAUAAUACGGAAAAACAAGCAGAUGAUGAAGAAAAACAUGAACUUCCAGAAUCUGCUUUAUUUCAACCUAUACAAGAAAAACGAAAAAAAGUUGAACCUUCAAAAGAGAUGCAAGCCGCCAUGAAGGUUCUUAACGAUAGUCUUAAGAAAUCUCCUAGCAAAAAUAUCUCUCAUCAAAUGAAAAAUGCAAUUAAUAUUAUUCAACAAGAAUGGUUCAAAAUUUCAAGCACAGUGAAUGCCAAUCCUUUAGAAGUAGAAGAUUACCUUGAUUGUUUUGAAGAAUGUUCAAGUUCUUUAUUGGAAUAUAUAGUUAACAUGACUGACUCAAGCGGAAACACUGCGAUGCAUUAUGCAGUUUCUCAUGGAAAUUUUGAUGUGGUGUCUAUUCUUCUUGAUUCAAAAGUUUGCGAUAUUAAUAAAGCAAAUGUAGCUGGAUAUACGGCUGUGAUGUUGGCAGCUCUUGCUGAAGUUAGAAAUUCCACUCAUGCUUCAGUGGCUAAUAAAUUAUUUCAGCUUGCAGAUGUUAAUAUUCGAGCAAAAUUACAUGGUCAAACUGCCUUGAUGUUGGCGGUAUCUCAUGGUCGAAAAGAUAUGACUCAAUUACUUCUGGAUGCUGGAGCAGCAGUUAACAUUCAAGAUGAAGAUGGCAGUACAGCCUUAAUGUGUGCCGCGGAACACGGACAUACGGACAUUGUACGAUUAUUACUUGCGCAUCCAGACUGUGAUCCAUCGAUCGUUGAUAUAGAUGGUAGUUCCGCUCUAAAAAUAGCUUUAGAAGCGGGUAAUCGAGAUAUUGGUGUAUUACUUUAUACCCAUGAGCGCGUAAAUAGAGGAACAAGUCCAUAUUCGUCGAUGAGACGAAAUAGAAGAGGUUCCAAACCAACAACACCUACUGGACCUUCCCCUUCAGCCCCAGUAAGCCCAGCUCCGUCUCGAAGAAUUCAUUCAUCAACGGUUUCUCUAAAUUCUUCAAAAUAUUCUGCUAAAUAAUUCUCAAAAUUUAAAGACUUUUUUUUAUCGAUAUUUAACAUACUAGCAAAUAGUUUGGAUUAUAAUCGCAUUAUAUAAAUAAGCAAUAAUGCAAUCGGCGUUUCGUGUUUCCUAUAUUUAUUGCUAACAUAUUUUAGUAUUUAUCGUCGAUUUACAAUAUUUUAAGGUGUUAAUUUUUUAAGAUAAACAAUCAUGUUCUUGCCUAAUCAUUCAUCAGCCUCAACUCAAGCAUUUAAUUUAAGAUAUCUAUUUAACUGCUCAACUUUGUAUACAAUUAUUCAGAAAAAGUUUGAGAAUGCUGUUUUGUAAAGUUAGUUCAUAGGAAGGGUAUAUGUGAAACAAUAUGUUUCAUAUUGUUAGUUAAUAGGAGGAAUUUGUAUAAAGUUUAAAACUUUUUUCUAGGUGCUAUCAAAGUAAAAAUAAAUCCAUUUUCAUUGUUAAUAAAUUUUAUACAAACAUGUCACAAACGAAUAAGAAAUGUCAGUGACAAAAAAUGGUUCAAAAUUUUAUUCUUAAAUUUAAAAAACCAUAUGAAAGUACAAAAAGUUUCUUAUAAAAACUCUCUAUAUAAAAACAAGUCACAGUGAAAAAAAUCUAGUAAUGUCUUCCAACAUCCUGUGACAUUAAACAUUCCAAAAAACAAAUUGUCAACAAUCCGAAUUUCUUGUCACGUUUUUGAAAGUUUUCUUACUCAUAAUAUAUAAUUCGAGAGUCAGGCCUAAUUUUCGUUUAAUCCUCGGGAUCAAACUAUCAGGAGAAUAAUUGUGUACUGAUACAAAAUGUAGAGAACAAUACAAUAUGUAUAAUAACUAUAUGGUGCACAAACAUGAGAUUUAUAAUUCUCGUGACUAAUGUUGAAUUUAUAUACGAAGAAAUUUGUAGAAUCUAUCAAUGAUCGUUCAAUGUUGAAGUAAAUAUGUUAUAAAUAUAAAAAUAUAAAUAUAGCAUCUGUGAACGGCAACAAAAUAUUAAAGGGCAUACGAAGGAAAUUUAGUUGAAUAGUUGUUGAAAUUAUUUCAGGGUAUAUACAAAAUAAAAUAUAAAAAUAUAGUUUUAUUUCACUUCUCGUUUAUCCGUGUUAUGUAUCUUCAUGUUGUAGAAAUUGGAUAUUUAAAAUAAUCUUAACGUUGAACAUUUUCUUACUUCAUUUUCUAUAGGGUUGUGAAUAUUUAGAAAUAAUAAACGUAUUUAAGUUCAACAUCAAAGAUUUAGGUUUAUAUUUUAAUGAGUAUUCCUAUCAUUAAAAACUUAUAUUAACAUUAAGUGACAAUUACGUAUCAAAGAUAGUACUGAAUCAAGUAAUAGACAUCUAUAAGAAUUUAGGAAGUAGAUAACUACUUUUCAUUGUUUGUGCCUUUAUAUUUAACAUAUUGUAAUUAAUAAUAAACUCGAAAAGAAACAACAAAACUAUUGUAUAAUACUAUAAUUUACCAAAAAUUAAUAUAAACAAUACAUAUAAAUCAAUGGAAUUUAUGUUAUAAACUUAUAUGAAACCAUUAAUCUUUAUUAAUAUAUGUACAAACAAUAAUGACAAAUAAAUUUAUGAUCUU